AUCAUCCGUGCUCACUCAGCACGCACGAGCCAACGUCCCUUCGCAUCAUCCACGAUGGCCGCUGCACCUUUCCCGCCGCCGUCUCUCACGCCCUACGUGACCAAGAUCGCAGCAAUCCUGACGGAGCGCAAACAGAGCGUAUGCGUCGCAGAAACAGCGGCCGGCGGCCUCAUCUCGGCUGCGCUGCUCUCCGUGCCCGGGGCGAGCGCGUACUACGCCGGGGGCUUGACGGUGUACACCCCCACGUCGCGCAUCGCAUUCUCUGGCUUCACGCCCGAAGACUUUGCCGACUAUCGGGGUCCGACGCCACAGAUAGUCGAGCGUCUUGCCGUGCACGCACACAAGACGCUGCAGGCGACGUACGCCCUUGGCGAGUCCGGGAUUGCUGGUCCUACUGCUGGUCCAACGCGGACUCGGACGUCCGGGUAUGUCGCACUCGCUGUUGCCACCCAGGACGGAGUGGUGAGCAAGGAGAUUGAGACGGGUACGUUUGAUAGGCAGACGAACAUGGUGCUCUUCACGGAGGAGGCGUUGAAGUUCCUUCUCCAAGUGCUUACGGGAGAGGUUACGGAACAGAAGACUGCUUCAUAAACCGGCCUGAUGUCACACUCAUGAAUGACGUCAAUACAAUCCGCCCAAUUGGCAGCCCAUGUUUGUUAGAGUGAUAUCCUGGCUCAGCUUGGUGCAAGCCCACGGGAGCUUCGGCGUCACGGAGGCGA